ACUGUUACCAGCACCAUCAUCCGUAGCCGUUUUUGCUCAGGCACCCUGCGGCCCGCGAGUUUUGUUGCAGCCCGGUCGGCCGGCCAGCCAAACUCGGCUGGACAGCGAUGCCCUCCCGAUCGGGUGCCCGCCGCUCGGCCGUCGCGGCCCCGCUGCUCCUCGGGCUCGCCGCCGCGGUCGCUCUGCGCGCGUGCUGCUUCGUGCCCGCGGCCCAGCCCGUGCCCCGGGCCGGCGCUGCGGCGGUGGCCGCUGCCACGCUGGCGGGCGCCGCGCCCGCCCUCGCAGAGGAGGAGGCGGGCUUCCUGAACUUCGGGAAGAUCCCGAUCGGCGGGGGCUUCGAGAUCAACCUCGACAUCCCGGAGACCGGCAUCGUCAACAUCGCCGUGCUGAUUGCCGGCCUCUUGUACCUGCUGGGCCCCCUCCUGAGCGAGUCGAUGGCCACGCGCGAGAAGGAGAUCCAGGGAGACAUCGACGACGCCAUCGCCAAGUUCAACGAGGCGACCAGUCGCCUGGCGGAGGCCGAGAAGGCCCAGGCGCAGGCAGCGGAGGUGAUCGCGGAGAUCAACGCCAGCAUCGACAAGGACAAGAAGGAUUUCGAGGCCUCCCUGAUGGCCAACAUGGAGAGCACGCUCGAGCGCCAGGAGAAGGCCGCCGCCCAGGCGAUCAAGACGAUGGAGGACGGCGCCGCCAGCCGCGUCGAGAGCUACAUCCAGACCACGGCGAUCGCCCGCGGUCUCAAGGAGCUGAAGGCGAUUGACGACGGCAAGAAGAACAAGUACAUGGACAUGGCGAUCGACGAGCUGUGAGCCUCCGCGCGACGACGGCGCCUUCAUCAUCGUCAUCAUCAUCAGC